AUGGAUGAACCUGCCUUCAAAAAAGCUAGAAUCGAUACAGGUUUUGUUUAAUUGUUUUUAUGUCAAUUUUUUCAUUGAUGUUUCAGCUGACUACGAUGGAGAAGGCAUCGACGCUCUCAGUGAGUUGGAAAAACUUGAUCCACUUCCAACUUCUGGCAGCGAUGCUGAGGUUUUUUUUUAAAAUUCACCAUCGUUUUUUUUUCAGAAAAAACUAAUGUUUCCGCUACCUUUUUACAUGUUUCUUUUUUUAAAACUAUCUUUCCAUUUUUUAGUUUCAUCCUAAUUAUACUUGAAAGAAUGAAAAUUGAAUUUGACGAAAAAUUCUUUGAAAAAAAAAACUCGAGAAAAAAAGAGAACUGUAACUAAGAUUUCUAGUUUCGAAUAUCGGUAAUUGACUAGUUGAAAAAAAGAAAUGCUUGGGUUUUGACUUUUACAAAAAAAUUCAUUUGAAUAUGAAAAAAAUUGUCCAUAUCUACACUAUUUAUAUAAUUUUGACUAACGAUAUAAAAAAAGAAAAAAAUGGAAGAAAAUAGGGAAAAAGAGAUUUGUGUUGAACAUCCUCGAAAGUUGCAGCAGAGUGCCGUAGCCAGCACUUCGGCAGGGCCAGUGAGCGGAGCGUCGGGCGGCGCAACGUCUUCUGGUCCGACGACGUCGCAGGCGACGACGUCUACGGCGGCUCCUCAGCCAAGCUUCAUUUCUUCGCAAACAAAUGCUCAACAGCCGAAUACGUCGGGAGGCCAGUCGGUGCUGCAGGUGAAGCCGCAGAGGUCUUUUGGAGCCCAACUUCUGUUUCAGGAACUGCUGAUGAACCAACCUCAAGGUUCAAACAAUUCGCCGAGGCCUCCACAGCCCUACAGUCAACAAGCGCAGCAGGGAGCCGCGUUUAAUACCAGGUUCUUAUUUAUAAAUUUCAUUUAUCGGCAUUGCUUCUCAUUUUUUCUAUUUCCCCAUGCUCUCACACAAAGGAACAAAUUCUAAUUUGAAAAAAAACAUUGAAAAAGGUGGACGAAACGUCAACCGAGUCUCUUGUCUCCGGAAUAUUUUCAAAGCUAUUCUUGUUUACUUGAAAAAUAGGUGGAAUUGAGAUUGGAUAUAGGUGAACUUUAAUGACUCCACUCAUAUACGAUACUUGUUCUAUACUCUCGAUCUGAAAGUUUGGGCAUAUUUAAUUCCUUUUUUCAAUUGGUAUGAAUUAUCCGAUCUUCUUAAUGCAGUUUUCAAGAUUGAACAUUUCUGUUGAAAAAACCAUUCCACAAACUAAAUUGAUUCUUCGGCAAUUUUUGAUGGAAGUAUUCACAGGAGUCCUUUGAUGCACAAUGGACCGAACGCGAUGCUGUCACCUCCGAACGCGAUGGGCGGCAGAGUUCCAGGACCGUCUCCCGGAGCUCCAACCGGAGCUCCGCAGCCGAUCCGAGGCGCUCAACCAGGCAUGUAUCCCGAGGGAACGAUGAUGAUGGGACAAGCCGGCCAGCCGUUUGGAAUGAUCACGGGUCCUGGCGGACAGCCAAUCCGCGGCUACCCUUACCCUCAGCAAGGCGCCGCUGGCGCUGCUCCUCCGGGGAUGCCUUAUCCUGGUGCUGCGGCCCGGGGAGCUCCUGCCGUCGCGAUGGGUCGAGGGCAUCCCGGCGCCAUGAUGAACGGUGUCGGUCGAGGCAUGCCUCCACAAGGCAGAGGUGUCGUCAGUCUCCAAAAAAGCCUCAUUUGCUGUUUUUAGGGAUGGGACAGAUGAUGCCAAACCAGAUGAUGCGACCUCACGGAAUGAUGGAGCCGUUCCCAGGAUCUCCUUACGUCGGACAACCGAGGCCCGAGUUCUUGCCGCAGCAGUACAUGGUCCGAGGACCUGGCCAGUACCCGAUGAUGCAGCAAGGACCUGUCAGUUACUUCCCCAGACUGUCUUUUCACUUUCCUUUUCAGAUGAUGGUCGAUGCCAACGGUAUUCCUCGGCCCGGUGUUCCUGCGCAACCGGUUCGUUUAUUCUUCCUCAAUUUUUACCGUUUUUCGGAAUUACUUUUUUAAAAGUUUUUAUCCAAGUUUGACUUUGUUGGAUAUUUCAUUUUUUAUAACAAAGUAAUAAAUAAAUUAAAAAAAUGCAUCUUUUGUAGAAAGUCACAGAUAUUUUUUUAUCUGAAAAACGAUCCCUCAGUAUUUUUCAAUUUAACUAUUCAAACAACAAGCUUCAUCAAUUUUUUUCUUUGCUUUAGAAAAAAAUUUUUUUCCAUUGAUCAAUUAUCUAAGAGAAAUAGCUUCAUUUUUUUCUUCUGGAAAAUUGGAGAAGAAGAUUUUUUUGCUUCUGACAAAAUAGAAUGUGAUUCUCUGAGGCUCGCAACUAGAAAAAAACGAGUUUUUCUUUACUAAGAAUUAUCCUUCAAAAAAAUUUUUUUAAAGAUUUUUCCAGAAAAAAACGCUAAGAUAAAAAAACUAUCUUUCCAAGUAAAGUAAUUCUCUCUCUUUUUCCAAUUGUGAGCGAUUAAAAACAUAGUUGAAGCACAUAAGUUAUGUUUCCGACUGGGCUUAAUCUUAAAAAUAGAAAAGAGAUUUGCAGAUGCUGGGCAUGGCGAACGGCGCCCAUCCGAUGCACGGCCAUCCGAUGGCCUCCAUCGGCCUCGGUCGCGGCGGCGCCUCCACUCCGAGCAGCCAAGACCCCGAGAAACGGAAGCUGAUCCAGCAGCAGCUCGUGCUCCUGCUCCACGCGCACAAGUGCCAACAAAGGGAGAGAACGGUGAGAAGAGGCCCUCUGUGCAAGGACCGUCGAAGGGUUUCAGAGCGAGAAGAACGGCACGGCGCCUCCGGAUCAGAACGGCCGCUCCAGCUGCAAUUUGCCGCACUGUUCGACUAUGAAGGAAGUCCUCCAGCACAUGACCACCUGCAACAAUGGAAGAGCCUGUCAAUGUCUGUUUUUUUCGUCUUUUUCAUUCAAAAAGAAAGCUUGAACGACAGUAUAGAAGUAUGGAGUCUGGAAAAAAACUUUGUCAGUUUGUAAAGAAAUCUGAGUUUUUUUCUAGAGAAGUUGAUACUUAAAUUUUUUUCUUUUUUUGGACGGAAAAACCGAAUUUUUUUGUCUUUUUACAAACUCAAAGAAUCUAGAACAAUAAAAAGUAUAUUUUUUUCCUUUGUAUUUGGAAAAAGAAAAUAUUUUUUUGGUUUUUCCACAGCCAUUUCGAUUUUUCAGACGCCCACUGCGCUUCCUCUCGUCAAAUAAUCGCCCACUGGAAGAAUUGUACGCGAGAUGACUGCCCCGUUUGCAAGCCUUUGAAACGGAUACAAGACAAUCCGACAGCAGGUUGGAUCUUAUAUAUAUAUAUAUACUUUCGCAAAUAUGUUUUCGAAAAAUUUCUUGCAAGUCUUUAUAAACCAAGGUUGAUAUUUGAAAGAAAAUAUACAAAAAGCAUCAUCUCCGCUUUAUUUUUUUGUACUUUCGAUAAAAAAAAUAUUAUUCUUUUUUUCUCGAGCUUAAUAUAGCAAUUCAAUUUUUAGUGUUUUUAUCAAUGGUAUCGACUAUUGGAACUGCAGACAAAAAAAUGCAACAUAAAAUUGUUAGCUUUGAUUGAAUCUUAUACAUUUUUUUCUAGUUAAUUCUGUCUAAUGGAGCUUCUACUUCUUGUCUUCUCUUUGAGCAAACCACAACUAUCAAUAAUGAGCGAUUUUCCAAAAAGUAAGGACUUGACAUCAAUUUUGCGUUCUUCCAUUACGGCGGAGCGUGACUUUCAUUUGAGAUGAUUGGUUUAUCGAAUCGUAUCUUGUUCAGAAAGAAGCUCAAUCUGAAACGUUUUUAAAAAAGGUUGAUUGUCUCGAAAUCCUAUUCAUUUUUCACGUGGGAGUCCUCUGUUUCAUUUUGAAUGUUUUCCGGCUUCAUCGACCUCGACCUGAUGUUGGGAGGUGGUCCAGGAAGCGCAGGACCAGGUUCUGUCGGGGGACAUCCUUUCUCCGUCUCUUCUGAUGCUCCGCCAAGCGUCAACAACAACGAGAUGGGACCCUUCGGCUCACCUAACACGAUGGGGCCGUCGUCGAUGAACGCUCAGCAACGACAGGCUCUUUUCGAAGGAUACCAUGGGUGAGUGUUCUGGGACUUCUCAUGAAAACUCUCCUCAAUAUGAUGACUCAUUUGCCUCAUUCAGUGAUCCAUUCCGACUGCCAAAUCCUCCCAACAAGCAGUUGAGUGGAGCCAGCGGACCUGGCGCGGCUCUCGCGGCUAGCAUCGCUCCUGGCUCACGUCCAGACUACAAUCUCCCUGCGCCGGAAGUUCCUGACACGGCUAAGGUUUCUUAAGAUUGAUGUGUUCUAUCAUAAGACCCGAGUUUUAGGAGUGGCACUUGCAAGUGAACAAAGACCUUCGUAACCAUCUUGUUGGCAAACUCGUCAAAGCGAUUUUCCCUUCUCCAGACCCCAAUGCGAUGCAAGAUGCUCGGUUAAGAGACCUGAUCGUGUACGCGCGGAAAGUUGAGAAGGAAAUGUUCGAGUCGGCCAACGAUAGGGUGAGCACGAGGAUACGCCUCAGCUGGUCAUGAUACCAUUUUCAGGAAGAGUACUACCAUUUGCUAGCUGAGAAGAUUUACAAGAUCCAGAAAGAGCUGCAGGAGAAGAAGAACUUCCGAAUGAACCAGAGCCAAGUUCAGGGAGCGGCAGUUCAAGGACCUGGAGAAAGUAAUUGCACUACUCAUUUUCUAUUCCAUCAACCAAAUGUUUGCAGUUUGCGCUGAGUUGGCUGAUUUGAUGAGCGACGCCCCUCUGCCACCGCCAGCCUCUGGAUCUCGCGCGACAGGCGGCGGAGGCCCGGUUCCUUUGGACCCUGGACCGUCGACCUCCAUCGAGAGCGCCGAGGCUUCUCAGCCCUGGGUAUCAUCCUUUCUUCGCUUUCUUCGAAAAGAGACUUUUUUCAGUUGAACCCAGGAGCUACUCCCACUGGCAACGGUCCGAUGGGACCCCCAUCCAACCCUCCGAGUAGACCUCUAGGACAAGCAGAGAACAGCACAACCCCUGUUGCGAUGGUAGACAUGUUCAAAUGUGUUCGGUUAUUUAGCAAAUAAGUUCCAGAAAAUCGUGAAACAAGAGGUGGCGGAAGGAAGUGACUCGAGAGCUUCGAGCACGACUCCUUUCGUCAACGGUCCUUCCUCUUCUUCCUCGACGCCCUGUCCCACUCCAAACGCCAACGGAGGAGUUUCUUCGCGGAGCGUCAAAGAGGAGCCGAAAGUCUCUCCGAAAACCGAUGUCUCGGAGCCGUCGACAAGUUUGCCGAGCGUGAAGAAAGAAGAGCCGUCGACGCCGGCGACGACGGCCGAAAGAGAACCGACGCCUCCUCCUGGAGAAGACACCGUCUUCAACGCCGACGAACUCAGAGCUCAUCUCUAUCCGGUCUGGGAGAAGCUCGACAAAAGCGACGACGCCGUACCGUUCCGCGUGCCUGUAGAUCCAGUCCUUCUGAGUAUACCGGUGGGUAAUCCUCCGAUUCCUCGAAUUUCAUUUUCAUUCGUGUCUGAAACAUAGUUAGGAAAAAUGGAUAGAAAAUGUUGAUACUUAUGAAAAAAAAUUUCUAAACUUCUGUAGAUAUUUUUUGCUUAUUUUUAGGGGAUAAAAGUUCGCACUCACAAAACUGUCGAUAUCCUUUGAAAGGGAUACACUUCUGGUUUUGUCAAUUUUUUUUUUCCUUUAACUUCAAAACUUCUCACUCUUUUUUGCUCUGAAAGUAUGUUCAGCGCGUAUCUUUCAUUUAUAAGACUUUAGCAAAGAAAAAGGAAGAAAUGGAAGUUUUUCCUGAUUUGAAUUCUCAAGUGGUGAUAGAUCAAUUGUCAACUCAUAAAACGAUUAUUUUAGUAGUUUAACAUCUUUGUUCAAAUGCGAAUGUAGAGCACCUCCUUGUGAGGCAUGCGAUCCUGCCCAUAAUAAUUCUUUCGAAGGGAGAUGUUCAUGAUUUUAAAAUGGCGUUUCAGGACUAUCUGGAUAUUGUGAAGUUCCCUAUGGACUUGGAAACCAUCUGCAAGAAACUCAACGGAGGCGUCUACAAAAACGCCUCGCAGUUCUGUGACGACAUGUGGCUGAUGUUCGACAACGCGUGGCUUUACAAUCGAAAAAACAGCAAGGUCUACAAGUACAGCACGAAGGUUGGUGGACGGAGGGGAUCUGAGGGAACUGGACUCGAUUGCAGCUGAGCGAGUAUUUCGUCGCCGAGAUGGACCCCGUGAUGAAGGAGAUGGGCUACUGCUGCUCGCGGAAACUCUCUUUCACGCCCCUCGCUCUCUUCUGCUACGGCGCUCCUAUGUGUACUAUCGCACGCGAUCAGCCCUACUGGGUGUACGUUUCUUCGAAAACAAUCUUUGAGCUCCCAUGUUCCGAUGCUCUUUCCAAAAAUUGUAUAUAACAUUCAAGUUUUUUUAAUUGAAUAACUUUUGAAUAACUUCUGAAGCAACAUAGCAAAUUUUUUCGCUAAUCUUGUCAUAAGUCAAUUAUUGUGAAUGGCAAAAAAACCUUCAAAACCUGCGACAAAACCUUCAAGGUAGUUUGAUUUCCUCAUCAAGAAGUUCAUGUAGCUGGAAGCAUAGAUUUCAAAAAUCAUUCAUAAAACUAAAUUUAACAAAAGGCUUUUAUAGAAUUUCAUUCCGAAUUGAACCCAUUACUAAUGCUAAAAAAGUUUCGGCCACUUCCCACUACCCAGUAAGGCGUUUGUCUUUUUGGUGUACAGCAUAUUCUUGUUGAUGUCAUUGGUUCAAUGAUCAGGAGGAUCUUUGCAGUUUCGAAUCGAGUUCAAAUCAGUACGGCGUGGUGGUGAAUGAGCGGUUCACUUACUGUACGAAGUGCUUCGAAGCGUUGCCACCGGAGGGAAUUUCUCUCUCUGAGAACCCCAACGACACGACCAACAUGGCGGCCAAGGACAAGUUCGUCCAGGCCAAGAACAACGUCAUCGACAUGGAGCCUUUCGAGAAUUGCAAGUAUUGCCACCGCCGCUGGCAUCGUAUCUGCGCUCUUCACGACAGAAAAGUCAGCUAUCCUUUUCAAAAAUUUAAAACUUAAAACUUUGAAUCAAUGAAAAUCGGCAGACAUCCGUUUCAAAACUUGAUUCGUUUUUCCCUAAAACAUCGAAAUUUUUCGAAGGGGUGAAACUCGCGAAAUAUGUUUACUUAGACUAAUCUCCUACCAAAUAGUAAAGAUAUGUUUGAGGUGUUCCCGGAAGGCUUCAUUUGCGAGACGUGUCGCACUCAGAAGAACUAUCCGAAGCCGGAGAACCGUUUCCUGGCCAAGAAGUUGGGCCACAACAAGAUGUCAUCGUUCCUGGAGACGCGCGUCAACAGCUACAUCCAGAAGAACUACGCGAACAAAUCGGAGAACUGCGAGGUCAUCAUCAGGACGCUCUGCGUCCAAGAGAAAGAGGUCGAGGUCAAGCCGCAGAUGAAGGCAAAGUUCGUUUAUCCAGUCCAUAUGAUCAUUUGGAGUAGUUCCUCAACCGAAUUAAUGCUAAGGAUUUUUUUUUCAAAUUGUUUGUUCUAAAAAGCCAGAAUUGUGGUUUUCGAUCCAUUCUCACAUCUCUUUCAAAGUCUUUUAUGUUUCACGACGUCUCUAAUUUUUUUUUUCUUUGUAAUCCACUGGUAUUUUUGAUUAUUCAGGUACUGCGCAAACGGCGGCACAUUCCCAGAUCGGUUUCCCUAUCGAACGAAGGCUCUUUUCGCGUUUGAAGUGAUAGACGGCGUCGAAGUCUGCUUCUUCGGUCUACACGUUCAAGAAUACGGAAGCCAGUCUCCGGCUCCGAAUGCGAGGUUCCUCAAAUCCUUUUGUAUUUUUUCUAUCAACGCUUUUUUCAGACGAGUUUACAUCGCCUACUUGGACUCUGUUCAUUUCUUCCAACCGCGAGAGCUUCGUACUGACGUGUACCAUGAGAUUCUGCUCGGAUACCUUGAGUGAGUUGUGAAUCCUCCGUUCUGCGUAUAACUGGCUCUUGUGCAGAUAUGUCCGAGGUAUGGGAUUCACGAUGGCCCACAUCUGGGCGUGUCCGCCUUCUGAAGGCGACGACUACAUUUUCCACUGUCAUCCCGUCGAGCAGAAGAUCCCGAAGCCGAAGCGUCUGCAGGACUGGUACAAGAAGAUGUUGGAGAAGGGCGUCGUCGAGAAAACCGUCGUCGAGUUCAAAGACAUUUACAAGCAGGCCCGAGACGACAACUUGCAAACUCCGGCCUCUUUGCCCUACUUCGAAGGAGAUUUCUGGCCUAACGUCAUUGAAGAUUGCAUAAGGUAUGCGAUUCAUUGAUUUAUUAAUCCACCGUUGUUUUUGUGGAAGGAAAUUUCGGUUGAAGAGAACAUUUUUUUCCAAGUUGCUAGAAGAAAAUCUUCAAAGAUAUGCGCAAAGAGGAGUUUGCAAUCAAGAUGAUUUGAAACUAGGGACGAUAGCUUUAUAAGAACAAAAAUUGUUUCUCUUUCUCAUUUCAAUUUUGUAAGAGUGGCGUUCGAAUGUCUGAGUUUCGAGCCAAAACUGGUAAAAAAGGUCAUUUUUAUAAAUGUCUUGCAGAGAAGCAGGCAAUGAAGAGGCGCAGAGGAAAAAGAUAGAAGCGACGGAAGGCGAAGAAGAAGAAGACGAUAUUUUCCAGGCCGGAGACAAUGGAAAAAAGAAGAGGUUCGACCAAAUUUUUGAAUUGACAAAUCUUGCCUUCUUCAGUUCGAAGAACAAGAAGAACAAUCUGAAAAAGAACGCCAAGAUGAACAAGAAGAAGCAAGGAAGUCUGACGGGCAACGAGAUCACCGACAAGCUCUAUUCUCAGUUCGAAAAACACAAAGAAGUUUGUUUUUUCCUGACAUUUUCAUGGUCUUCUGUGGAUAUUUUUUUGAAAUAGGAGAGAAAAUUUUGAAGAAUAUACGAAAAGAUCUUAUUUUUUUUUUUUUACUCGGCGACGCCUCUUAUGAAUUAUGCGUGACUUGUUGGUCGAAUUAUCAUAUUGCGUUGAAUUGAUAUUGAGUUUGAAUUGAAUUUUAGAUUUUUGGAAGCACCUUCGAGAGAAAUAUAUUGGGAAUGAGAAAAAGUGUUCGGAAACGGAUAUAGCAGACUGAAAGGAUCGUUUUGCAAGACGGAAGCUUCCAGGUCUUCUUCACGAUCCGGCUGGUGUCGCAGCAAACGGAGCUUUCCAUGCUCAGCACUCCGACCAACGACCCGGACCCCCUGCUCAACAGCGACAUGAUGGACGGUCGGGACACCUUCUUGACUCGCGCCCGCGACGAACAUUGGGAGUUCUCCUCGUUGAGAAGGGCCAAGUCAGUCUUUUAGUACGCUUUAUUAGGGCUCUUAACUUUUUUUUAAAUUAUAAGCUGAGUAUCGCUCGAAAAAAUCACUGAACAGAAAUAUUGGAAACUUCGAAUUAUGAUGUUUUUAUAUUUAAUUCUCAUUUUGAAAUUCUAAAAAUAUGUUUUUUGAAACCUGAGCCUAACUUGAACUACUGUUUUCCUUCUUCAGAAAGGUUUUAAUUGAUUGAGGUAGUGAAAAAAAAGGGAAAACCAUCAAGACAAAAUUUUGUCAAGUCCACGUUCUUGUUUUCGUCUUUGCUGUAUAUAAUCUACACCAGAAACGUGAUGAACACAGAAAGUCUCUCUAAAAAAUGUUCAAAGCGAAAGGUUCUGCGACGUUUCGAGAUAAUCCUACGUCCGAAUCAAGCGUAUACUGAUGAGGUUUUUUUGUUUUUUAGAAUUUUUUCCCUUUUUCAACUAUGAAGGGAAAUGAACUUAUUCCGGUGCAAAGGAAGGUGGUCUAAAUAUUCCGUUAUGAAUGAAAAUAUCUCACUGCUUAUUCCCAGUUUGAAAACUCAGGUACUCGACUCUCUGCCUGUGCCAUGCCUUACACGAAGCCGAUUCUGCCAAGGGAAUGGAGUACACUUGUAACAAGUGCAGCAACAACAACGCCAAGUUCCACUGCAACACGUGCGAAGUGAGACUUUCUCGUGGCUUCUACCGUGUCGCAAAAGAAGUUCGAAGAACAACAUGAGAUGAUUGGUGUAUUUCAGGACUUCGACUUGUGCGAGGCGUGCUACGCGCUGGUGAAGCACGAACAUCCUAUGGAACAGAUCAAGAGCCUCGUCAGCGAUACGGUCGCCGAGCAGGGCGGUACCAACCGAUUCGACAGCAUCCAGCGAUGCAUCCAGUCUUUGGUGCACGCCUGCCAGUGUCGCGACGCCAACUGCCGCAGGAUGUCGUGUCACAAGAUGAAGCGCGUCGUGCAGCACACCAAGAUGUGCAAGAAGCGCAUCAACGCGAGCUGCCCCGUCUGCAAACAGCUCAUCGCCUUGUGCUGCUACCACGCCAAGCACUGCAACCGCGAGCAGUGCUCCGUGCCCUUCUGCAUGAACAUCCGUCAGAAGCUCGCCGAACAGAAGCGUUCUAUUGCUCGUCGCGCAGACAUGAUGAUGCGACGACGAAUGGAAGGCCUUCAGGCUGGCGUCGGCGGUGGUACGUUUUCUUCCUUCUUUUGUGUGUCUCGUAAAUAUUGCUUUUUUAUGGAAGAGGUUGCAAACUAGGAGAGAAAAUUUCAGACUGAUAUUUUAAACUAACGUUAUGUAUGAGCUUUUGAGAAUUUUCGGUAUAUUCUACUUUUUGCUCAUUUUUUUCUGUAGAAUGGUUGACGCAUCAUUUUUAUUCUAAAUUCCGGUUUUUUUUUUAAAUUAAUUUUUAAUAGUGAGAAAACUUUGGGUAAAAACUUGAAGCGAGCUCCAAUGGAGGACUCGUAUUCCAUUCACGAAAAAGUGCUUUGGUUUUUCAGCCUCAAGUACUCAAUCGACUUCCACUCCGAGCACAAGCGCGCCAACGCCACCUGCCAGUUCGAAUCCGCCGUCGACGUCUUCUCAUGCGAAAGGUGGUCCUCCGAUGCCGAUUUCGCUGACACAGUCGCCGUCGAUCGGCUCGAGUGGAGGCUUGGGCCAGCAAAUCACCAACCUCGGCAGCGGGAACCCUGGUCUCGGCGGACCCGGUGGCUUGUCCUCUCUCAACGCCCCUCAACAAUCCCAACAGCAGCGUUUCAUGGGUACGUUUGGCAAAAGAAAGAUCCAAACAGAAGACAGAAGGCUCAGCUUUCAAUCUCAUCCUUCUAUUGUCUUCAGGUCAACCGGCAAUGACGCCCCAACAACAGCAGCAGCAGCAACUCGCCGGAAACGGCUUGAAUCCGAUGUUUCCGAAUCAGAUGCAACAACGACAAGGCCAGCCCCAAGCCCCUGUUGGAAUGGGACAGAAUAUGAUGGCUCCGCCUUCGGGAAUGCAGCAACGACCUGGUGGAAUCAAUCCCAGCUUCCGGUAAUUUUUGCAAUGCUUAAAAUGAAUAGAAAAAAAGUUUUUUUGACUAAAAAAAUGAAAAAUUUUAUCAUUUUAUGAUGAAAGACAUAUUAAAAUUUAUAAUAGAAAUGAAAACCUUAUGUAUUUUGAGCCGUUUGGACGGUGGUAUGAAAAAAAGACCAGCGAAAAUUCAAACGGCGACUUUUUCCGAUUUUUUUCGUAUCGCUAGGGAACUUUUCGACGGCCACCUUUCCGCCGAAUCUUUUUCCGACUUUUUUUCUCGGUAAAAUCUUCGUUUUGAAUCUUCCUAUAUAAAGUAGGCAGUUUAUUCAUGAUUAAAACACAACGAAAUAAGAAAAAAAAAGUGUUAAUAGAUGUUUUAUAAAUCGAAAAAUACAAAGGCAAAAAGUCGGAAAGGAUUUCGGCGGAAAGGUGGCCGUCGGAAAGUUCCCUAGCGAUACGAAAAAAUCGGAAAAGUCGCCGUUUAAAUUUUCGCUGGUGUUUUUUUCAUACCAUCGUUUUGACAUUAUUUUUCUUUUUCAGCCUUUCACCUGAUCGAACUUUUUUUUUUGAUUGAAUCGAAAUUGGGUCAGAUUCUCUAGUUAUCAUCAUUUUCCUCUCUUGUCAUUCUUCCUCCAUUCUUUCACAUUUUACAGACCUGGUCAACCAGGACUCAACCACUACGGAUUGCCGACUCCCAACCAAAUGGGCGCCAUGGCUGGACCAGCAGGCAUGUCUAUUCAUUAUUAAAAAAAAUAAAGAAGAAAAGGAAAACGUAAAUUAAAGAAAAAAAAACCAAAUUACUGAUGGCCUUUCUCUAAAUAAAUUAGCUUUUCAGAUCCAAUGCAACAAGCGAAUGAUCCGUCUCUAAAUCCACAACUGCAGAAGAUCAUGCAGAGGUUGAAGACGUCGAGGACGCAAGAAGAACGCGAAGGACUUUUCAACGAUCUGAAGAAAACUCCGCAUUUGUUUUCUGCGUUCCUACGCAUGAAAAUGACUAUGGAUGUGAGUUCUUUUUCGUAAAUAUUUACCGAUAUGAAUGGCAAAUUUUAAACAAAAAAAAAACAAAAACCAGAAAAAUCUGUAUGAACUUCCUUCAUGGAGAAUUUCAUACAUUUGUUCAAACACUCUUCAGGUCUAGAUCAAGAUCUUUUUUAGUUGCCACAUGCGCAAAACUUUAGUUUUGAAGGUGUCAAUUUUCCAAGUAACCUUCUGGACAUAGCCCCUGAAACUGAAAAAUCGUUUCUUAGGCUUGAAAUCUUCCUUUCUAGUUUCAUGUUUCAUGCUGAAUGUGAUCGAGCACGUGAUUUUGAACACUAGUAAGAAAAGGAAGUCUGAGAAGGAGAAAAAAUAAAUAAAAAGUACAUUAACAUCAGGUUCUUUCCCUUCACCGUCACAGAAACGUCUUUGUGCAAAAAAACUGGUUUAGUAAAAGAAAGUCGAACAUUUUCGCUGAGUUUUGGUUGAAAAUCAUUUGAAAUUGAAUAUGAAAGUGAUUGUUUGCAGCCCGCGAUCAACAUGCCGUACCCGACAGGUGCGAUGGGCGGCGGCCCCGGUUCGCAGCAACAAGCUCAACAGCAGCAGCACUUCUACGCAGGCGGUCCGCAGCCGAACCGCGGACCUGGUGGCCAAUUCGCCUCGAUGAAUCCCGUAGCGCAGGCCGCGUGGCAGCAGCAGCAGCACGCAGCGAGGCAGUCUGGCGCCUUUGCUCCUGGCCAGGUUUCUAUUUCUUCCACGAUUAUAUUUCGUCUCUAGAGCUUAGAAAAGUAAGGAAACGUUUGGAAAAAUAGAGCGAGAAAGCAGAAAAACCAAAAAGAAAUAUUUUAUGCGUGUGUAGUAAAAUCAGUUCCGUGGAUUAAUUUAUGUGCUUUUCAAUUUACAACUGGCUUCAUUUGGAAUCGUGCGAACAUUUUCCCUCAUUAAAAUUUGGAAUCCUUGAAAAAGACGGUCUAUUUUACUCAAAAAACGCUGGUCGCGGAGAAUGGCUAAAACUGCUACGAAGAGGGCUUCAUUGCGUCCGACCGCAAUGCUUAUAGAACCUCGCUACAAGCGAAAAGAUGGUCAUGAAUGAAGUGUGAAUUUUUGCAGGGGCGAUCUCCGAUGAUGGGCGGUCCUCAAGGCAACCAACCGCCGCAGCCCGGCCAGCCUCCGCAACAGUCCGACUCGGGCUUCCGGUGA